GACAGAUUUUAGAAGUAUGAAUGCUCUGAGAAACACAAACAGUGAUGAAGUGAUUCACACCAACGUCUGCUAGAAUAAAGGAACACUGAGGAACUUUGUGUACUAUGGGUGAUGUUUUUAGAAGAUGGAAGUCAGGUUGGGGUUUUCCUACUACGCUCUUGUGUGUUUAUGGAUUUUUCAGCUCAGUGAAACCCAUAGAACCGUUUCUCAUCAGCUACAUGACCGGACCUGAUAAAAACCUCACCAUGGAGCAGGUGACUAAUCAGAUUUUCCCAGUGUGGACAUACUCGUACCUGGCUGUUCUACUUCCUGUCUUCCUGCUCACCGACUGGCUGCGCUACAAACCUGUGAUUGUGAUCCAAUGCUGUGCCCUUUUCUUAACCACAGCACUGUUGCUAUGGCUACAGAGUGUAGGGGCGAUGCAAGCAAUGCAGUUCAUCUACAGCAUGGUGACUGCCUGUGAGGUGGCGUACUUCUCCUACAUUUACAGCGUGGUGGAUUUGCAGUUUUACCUAAAAGCCACGUCCUUCUGUCGCGCUGCUCAGCUCAUCGGCUACACCGUUGGUUCUGUCGCCGGACAAGUCCUGCUUUCGCUCGAACUAAUGUCGUACUACUACAUCCUGGUGUUCACAUUAGUUCUCAUCUCCAUUUCCUCCAUUGCUGUGUUCCUCCUGCCAAUGCCCAGAACCAGCAUGUUCUUCCACCAGAGUAGACAGAGAAAGGAAGGAGGAGAUACGAAUGAGGUGGAAGACUGCAACGAAAAAGAAAAGAGAGUAAAAUCAGGAAAAGUGGAAACAGACUGUAACCAUGGUAGUGUAGAUGUAGAAAUGAUGGAGAACAAGCAGAGGAACUCACAGCAGGAGAUUCAGGAAGAAACUGGAGUAGUUGUCAAGAAAUCAGCUUUUAAUAAAACUUUGCUUCAACUCUGGUCGGAUUUCCGAAGCUGUUUCUCGUCCUCUGAGAUGCUGAUCUGGUCCAUGUGGUGGGCCAUGGCGACUUGUGGCUACAACCAGACUGUCAACUAUAUUCAAGCGCUGUGGGAAACUGUGGAGCCGAGCAAGAACGACACGCUCUACAACGGAGGAGUCGAGGCUGUGUCCAACCUGUUCGGUGCAGCGUCAGCAUACGGUGUUGGGUUCAGCCACGUUAACUGGUCUCGUUGGGGUGAACUGGCUCUCGGCUCUCUCUCCGCCCUCAGUAGUGCAGCGCUCUAUGUCAUGGUCUUCAUCUCCAACAUCUGGGUCUGUUAUGCCGGCUACAUCGUCUUCAAGAGUCUCUAUAUGCUGCUCAUUACCAUCGCCAUGUUCCAGAUUGCUGCUGGUUUGUCUUUAGAGCGUUAUGCACUGGUUUUUGGAGUCAACACCUUCGCCGCUCUCGUUCUACAGACGAUCCUCACAUCCAUCGUGGUGGACAGCAGGGGACUCGGUCUGGACGUCAUAACACAGACAUCAGAUGGGCCGUGGUGGACGUUGGAAGUGGAUGGAUGUUGGGACAGCAAAAAGCAGUAUGGGAAAAGGGCUUGGUGAGUUCCUACUAGAUGCAGUAAUGUCAACCCUGGACAACUCAUCUAACCAGAUAACCAACCCGUCUUUACAUGAUUGUGAGCCACUACUGUAAGUGGAAAGGAUGGAGUCCUCCCAUAGUUCUGAUGUAUACUAUUUAAUUAAACCCCGUAGUGUUUGAUCAUGUGACCAGUCAGAUCAGGUCACGAAGCAGAUGAAACAGAGAU